AAUGACUUUUUAAAUUCCGAAUAAAUAUUUAUUGCGAAUGCAUAAGUAAAUUUUACUUGCAUCAGUGUAUAUAACUCACACUCCGUCCAUUCAUUUAAUGGAAUUCAAACUGCGAUUAUGAAGCUCAAGCUGUGAAUACAAUUAACGUGUUCGUAUGUAGUGUCGGGUCACUUUUUUCAGGAAAACAUUGCUUAAUUUACUUGUUUUUUUCUCUUGCAAAAUUAACUCGAAUAUGUAAAUAAUUUAAUGAAACGGGUAAUUAAUUAUUUGUUAAUUUUUUCAGGUUUUUUGUCUUUGGAUACGUGUUCUGACGUCCAAACUACAACUAGACAAAUAAUACGUGGUUUGACAGAGACGAAGUUCUUAAAUUCGUGUGAACAGCAUCGUUUAUUGGGAUUUCUCGGGCCUUCAAACAGCAGAAUUCAUAGAGAAGUAUUGAAUUUCUUACGCCCUUUAUCUGUUCCUUACGUCCCCAUCAAGAUCACGGAUUUACAUUCGGAAAUUAGGGUCAUAGUUGAAAUUUUGGCCCAAUUCAGCUGGUUCAAAAUCGCUCUCCUAAGCGUUAGUGAGGAACUGGAAGAGGAUUUUUACCAAGCUGCUGCUGAUUCAAAUAUAUGUGUAACAGUUUCGAGUAUAAUAACACACUCCAGGGAUGAUUACGAUCAUUUCUUCAAGGAAACCGUGGAGAAAUCAAUAGACGUUAUUGUUUUAUUGGGUACAGAGUACGAGUUAGAAGAAUCUAUACAAUCGGCAAACUCCAACGUACAGAAUAAGUUCUACUGGUUGGCAGCAGGAUUGAUGCAAGAGAAUAUCGAAUUAAACCUAGAUUCGUAUAAGCCUGUAGUUAGAUCUUUGUUAGUAGUCGAAUCGUCCGAGAUAUUAAAUAACGAAAAAUACGAGAACUUAAUUAAGAAAUUGGAUAACGAAGAUUUAUGCUUAGAUUGCUACGCUUCUGAUCCUUCCGUUCGUGCGGCCAUGAUGGGAGUUUUAAAGUACACUUGGGCAAUGAAGAAAAUCAAAGAUGCCGAAUGCCUAUCCGAAAAUAAGAAGUGUCCGCACUUGAAAAAAAUAAUUAAAAAGCAAUUAAUCAAAAAAUUGAAUGGUAAUUUUCACGAGGAAUUCAAAGAACUGCCGUUUCAAACUGGAAAUUCUACAAUAUGGUCUUACCAAGAUGCAAGCCAAAGCAACGCGAUUUUUCAUCAGGUUGGAUAUUUUGCCCAAAAUAAACUAAAGAUAAACACAAAGAAACUAGACAUUUUGCAACCGAUGGGAGGAGGAUGGUUUAAAAUACCCCAUUUCCAUUGUGAGAAGAAAUGUAACUGCCUGAAUGAAGAAGCCAUUCGACCCAAGAACACUACUGGAAACGGAAUUUGGAAGUCGGCAACAUGGGUGACGGUUUGUGUGACCGUUUCCUGUAUCGGUAUCAUUGUAUCGGCAACCAUUUUAGCUUUUAUACUGUAUCAUAUGUGUUCCGGGAUAUCUCUGGAGGGACACCACGGUUUUAUAUUGUUAACUUUAAUCGGUAUUAUUAUUUUGUACGCAUCCGUCCUUCCUUACGCUUUUCACGCGACAGAGACCGUCUGUGCCUUACGAGCCUCCGUUUUGGGCUUGGGUUACGCUGCCGUUUUCUCGCCAAUGAUCGCUAGAUGUUUGAUGCUAGCCACUUCUGGCACUUUAGGAUUAGCCGGACACAUCAAUGGGAUCAUUCAAACGUCGCUGUACUGUUUUAUCUUUGGUAUACAAGUGGCAUUGAGUGCCCAGUAUUGGUGGUUGAAUCUAGGAUCUCACAUUUUAUACGAAACUCACUGUCCAGCCAGAUGUGCCACUAACCAAACCAUCACGGUAUCUUUAUUAAUAUACAACAUGCUGUUACUAGCUACGCUCUUGUUUCUAACACCGUUUUGCAUCAAAACAAGAAGGAACUACAGGGAAGGAUUGUUUUUCCACUUGGCUAGCUUAGUCACUUUUGCGGUUUGGGUCACGUGGUUUACUUUAUAUUUUGUAUUUUCUUCCGAAUGGACUGAUCCUGCCCUUUGCUUAGGCUUUGUUUCGACAGCUACUGUUAUAGUAGUAAUCGUUUUCUUGCCUAGAGUGUAUAAAAUUGCCACCGCAUCCUCCAGAAACAAUUCCAAGAUGAGACUUAGAUCUAUAGAUCAGUUAACAUCGUCAAUUCGUUCGAAUAAUACUUCAAGAAAUCUUUACAGUUCUGUUAAAAAUACUUUUGGACCCUUAACUAAUUCGCAACCUUUAAAAGAUGAAGUCGAGUCGGAUGUUUAUGACGACGGUUCGUUGCCUACCAUUACACAUCUAUAAUAUAAAUAAAUUUAUCGAAAUUCUUUCUUUGUUUAGGAGGAGGAAAAUUAUUUUUGGAUAAACUUUUGUCUUUUUUCUCGAUUUUACUCUAAAUGAAUUUACUCUAAAUAGACUUUUUCACAGUGUCUGAAAAUAUUUUAACAUCCGAAUUCGUGUAUAAUUGUAGGAUAUUGUAUGAUAAUUUCUGAAUAAUCAACUUAUAAAGAUUAAUAUAAGUAUUUUGUUCUCUUUUGAAGAAAUUUAGCUAAUAUAAAGGGUGGGCCAAUAGUCAAUUAACCCACUCUAAAGACAAAACUAUCACUUACAAUCUGAAAAAAUUCGUCAAGAUCCUUGUUCAGGACACACGUCACGGGGAUUUCGACACACUUCAAUUGCUUGAAAACAGCACGGUUAAGUGACUUUUGGAUCACCCUAUAAAAUCAAAUUUUACAUUAGCCAAAUUUCCUCAAGAAAUUUCAUUAUUAUUAUUAUUAUUCGAAUAUUACUGCUUUAAAAUAAUAACAACAUGGCAUAAGAGAUUAAUUUUCACUUGUAAUUUUUAAAAAAUUAUCAUAAACCUAGUUGAUAUUAAUGAAUUCUUUUUAUUUAUAUAGGAAGAGGCAUAAUUUAAUAACUUAUGAGAGAAAAAAAAAUAUUUUCUGAUUUGUUAAUUUUAUUAAUAAAUAAAUAUAACAGGAUUAGUGUAAGAGGUCAAUGGUUCGAUCGAAUAGUAAAAUCACAAGGUUACAUUUUUAGCAACAGGAAAGAUACAAAGUGUCGGAACAUAAAAGUGAGCAGAAAAUAAUUAUUUUUUAAUAGUUUACAUUUGUUAUGGUUAAAACACUUCACACGAUUAUUUACACUAUUUGCAUGAACUAUAAUCUCCAUUGUCUCUUCUCUGUCUAUAUAUCCCGAAAUUCACAAUGAAAGACACGUGACAGAUAAUUUCACAGUAAAACCGUCGUUUGCACGCAGUGAAAUCAUCUGUGACGUGUCUUUCAUUAGUAUUUCACUAAAAAAAACCAUUAAAAAUAUUUUUUUUUUCAAUUUUCGUGCAUUAAACACUCAAUCAUAAUUUAAAGUAAUUUAAAAACUAACCCACGUAUGACUAAGAUUUUUUCUCCGAUAUUUCUCUCUUAUAUUAGUUCAAGCCUAUUUAUUUAUUGGCUAAAUAAAGUUAGCAAUAUUCCUAGUCCAACAGAUUAUACUGUUGUAUAUAUAUAUAUAUAUAAUUAUGUCAGAAUUGAGUGUUAGAAUUUCAAUUCAGUUAAUUAACACUAUAUUCUUCGUUGACUGAUAUAAACACGAUUGAUUUUAUGCGAUAAAUUGAUGAAAUAUUUCAGCAAUGUGACCGUGAAAUGGAAAUAAGCUAGCCACAACAACAACCUUCUUCAAGAAGUCAGAAAUCUUCAACUUCAAAAUUUCCUUCACGAAGAUUUGGAAGUUGUUUACGUUGUAUUUAGGUAAGGAAUUAUUGUUUACUUAUUUGGAAGGUAUGGAAACAAUAAUUCCUAAUCUUCCUAAUAAGAAAACAUCAUCUUCCAAUCAGAAACCUCCUUAAAAAGAUGGUUUUUUUUUUUCAAAUUGUUUUUGUAAAAUUCCAUAAAAUAUGUACAGAUGUAUGUAAUUAUUAUUGCUUUAAUCAAAUUUUUGUAAUGCUAAAUUGAUUAAAAUCGCAAAUGUUUUCUAUCUUAGAUAUGUGCUAAAUGAGUAAGAAAUUUGUAUUAAUUUUUGUUUUUAAAUCGGAAAUUAUUUUCCUGACGUAGAGCACUGAAAUUAUCAUGUACAAAUUGCGAAUAUUUCAUGAUAGUAAAAAGCCACUAAAUCCAAUUAGUUUCAUAUAAAAAUGUGUUCAUUCAAUUUACUUAGUUUUGAAUUUUUUAUAUAUAUAUAUA